UGUCUGUCUGUCUUAUCUUUCUUUUUAUUCAUUUUUCCCUUAAGACAAUUUAUCACUUGGGGAAUUAACCCUUCAUCACCUCAACAGAACGAAAGAAACCCCCUCUGCUCAGAUGGAUUGUGCAGGAAAAAUCAUUAGAACUUCGAUCCAUACCUUUCUGAAAUAUUUUCACCACUUCACCACCAUCCCAGUUCUCCUAUUGCUUCCCUUCUCAGCUUUUGUCCUUCUUUCACAGGCGCUUAUCACAUACAGCUCACCACUUCUUUCUGAAACCACCUAUGCUCAAUUGGAUUCCAUCUUUGAUCUUGCAGGGUUUCCUUUCUCCUCUCCACUCAAAUCCCAAACUGUUUUUCCCUUUCUUUUUAGUCUCCCUUUUGCACUUUCAUCCUUCAUCAUAGCAAAAGCGUCUAUAAUUCAAGCUUUCAAUCAGCACAAACUAUCUCUUCAAGCACCCUUUUCCAGUUUCAAAUCACUUUAUAAACCUCUACUCUUAACACACCUUUGCAGCUUAGUCCUCAUCAUUGCCAUCACCUCAGCAACCUUUCCUCUCCUUUUCAUUUCCUUGAAUUCUCUGAAAACAUUUUGGUUGCCAGAUAUCAGCCAGAUUCUACCGGCUUUUGGAGCUGUUUUUUACUCUUUCUUAGCCAACACGAUAGUGGUUGCCAACUUAGCUUUGGUUGUGGCAGGGAUGGAAACUUGUAAAGGACAUGUAGCAAUCUAUAAGGCUUGUUUGCUACGAAAAGAGUUGUGAAUCAAAUUCCUUUGCAAGCCGGAUCCAUAGAAGUUGCUAUGAUAUUGAGCUUGUCCAAUAAAGAGAGUCUUUUUGAUCAAAGCUUUUCUUUGAAAGACUUGUACAACAUCAUCAAGUUGUUAUAACACUGUGUAAUUCAGCAUGGGAAAUCGAAGAAACUAUAGCAGGUAUAGCUUAGAACCGGGAGCAAAUAGACAAGGCUGCUGCUAUUUUCUUGAGUUGGUUAAAAUUCCCUCUUCAAAGGCUUGCAUCGCAGCCUAGUAAAUUAUGUCAGCCAACUUCCAUACAAAUAGGAAGAUUUUGCACUUUUCUUUAAUGUCACAUGAUGUAAAAGAUAAAACGACACCAAAUUGUAUUGCAAAAGAUGAAUGCAGGAGAAAUAAUGUAUCAGAAAGUUGAAUGAAUGAAUAAAUAUAUGCAGUGAU